AUGCGCCCUGCGUUACAACGGCUCAUCUCUAGAUAUUCAUCAUUGAAUCUCCUUCGAUAUCUAGUACACGCAUCGAAUAUCCCGCCGUCCGCCAACAUUCAAUAUGAUUGUGCUGGUAAGAGAUGCAAUCGAAACUACGCAAGUGUCAGCAUUGGGCUUGAGGCUGCCAAUCAGUAUAACUCGCAACAUGAUAGCCUUGCCACCGCCCAACCAGCCGUACGGCAUGUGGUUUCGAAAAGAGCUCCGAAUGGCUCCCACACAGUCAUGCCUCAUGCCGAUACGAAAUCGAUGACUACCAAAAAUUACAACAGAUGGAAAAAUUACUUCACACCUGGUGAACUUGAAUAUGAAUCGCGUGUAUCCGAAAGGGCUCGGAAAAGCGCACUACGAUUAGUCGAUAACCCGAUUUAUGAGAAAGAUAUUGAACUUUGGGCGGUGCUCUUAGUAUACAGGCAAAGAAUUUAUGGCGAUGAGGGAGUGAGGAUGAUUUGGGAAGCAAUAAUCACUAGGAACAUCCAAUUACCAGUCGAGGGUUUGGCAUCUUGGACAAUGUGGAGGGCCUUUUUAGAUUUAGGCCUAGAAGAUAAAGCUGUGCUCGAAAGCAUUAUUCGGUAUGCGGAUGGUCUACUGCAACAAACCGGUCAACGUUGGAAUGGACUUUACACGAGGCUCAUGUAUCAUCUUUUAAUGAGUGGCAGAGGCGCCGAGGCAUUUCAAUGGCAUCGAAGAUUAAUGGUGCAUCAUUCACCAGAGGCUAAAGCUUUCGAGAAAUUAUGUUUCAGAGUGAUUACUCUCGGGGAGAUAUCGAAGCUCUGCGGAAGAUUUAUGAAGGAAAAAAAAGACUUUCCAAAAACUGCAAGACCUACAGAAGAUCUGAUUCGACUGUUGACAAAAUUCAAAAGCCCGUUGGCUCUUCGGGUCGCCCGCAGCUUGGUACAUGCAGGGAUAUCCAUACCUCCUGGUCUAGAGCAUGAGCUUAAAGACACUCAAAGUAUAUCUAGAGAGAUGAUGAAUCUUAUUCAUGGUGAAGUCUUUCAUAUUAAACCUAAGAAAUAUGAUGACGAAUUGGGAGCUCGAUGGCUUGCUACAACCUGGGUGCCAUUAGAUGUAUCCAUACAAUCUAUUCACGCACUGGGAGUUAAGGAAAUUGGGCCCCUAUCUUUUCAAUCUAUUGCUCUGCGGGAUCCGGAUACUAAAGCUAUCAUUAAGAGGCUCGAUCAGCUCGCAGAUCUUGGUAUAUCUCCUGGUCAGUCGAAGUUUGUCAAGGCCGUGGAAUUUUUUGCGAGAGAGGGAAAUCAAGAAUAUGUGAACGCAUUAGUAAACAGCGACCAGCAUCCUGCAGCACUUGAUGAUUGGAUACUCCAAGAGAAACUCUUGGCUUCGUACGCAGCUAAAGAACAAUUAACCGAAUUCCGACAAGCGAUGGCCAUACGAUUAGUCGGGAGCAGAACUCCUGAUUUUGACGUUUACAACAUACACCUUAGGAUUUGCGUUAUCAGACACCAAUGGAAUGCUGUGCUGAAGACAUUAUCCGAUAUGCGGAUAAAUCAUAUACCGGUAAAACCGACUUCGAUAUCCUGUAUUCUGCGGCAACUCUUGCGACCACGUCGGCGCGGUCGGCGACCAGUAAUGGAUCCCAAGCACAAUAAUUUCGAUGAUGUAACUAUGGCUACCAAGAUUCUGACAGGUAUCAUGACAUCUGGCUCAUCAGUUCCAGUACAUCAUUGGACCGAAAUCAUUCGGCGACUAGGGAUGCUUGGCCGCGAAAAAGAGUUACACAAUUUGUGCAUGUUUCUAGCUUCCUGGUAUGGCUCCAAAAAUCAUGAUCUUCUACCUGGUGCAAACCAUCUACGAAUUCGAGAUCGCACGCAACUUCCGGACGAUCUAGUUCCUAAGUGGCACCAUCAACAUCCUCUCAAGCGUCUCUUCCCACCCAGUCUGCAAAGAGCCAUUGUGGAAUGGGGUUUUCAACGAGCGUUAGCGAGCCCAUCGCCAAAGGUUCCAGGCUUUGUACGCGCGAGUGAUAAAGUAACAUACAAUAUCACGAACGGUAUUGUACUUUUGCGAGAACUCCACCAUAUGGGCGUAGAGAUCGAACCACACGCCAUCAGAAGAGCAGUUAUUAAUCGUUUGAUCAUUCUCUAUGGACCGGGAAGAUCCACCGUUAAAGCGAAUCGACAAGCGCGAAUUCUGAAUCCUCUAAGCUUGGAAGAGGCAAUAGCUGAGAUUGAUAACUGUCUACCAGGGACAAAAAUGUUCCCUUAUCCAGAUGCGGCGAAACAUAUUCGACACCAAGCUAAUAUGAGAUUUUUAAGGAUUAGACGUUGGCGCUUGAAGCGAGAUGCUAGAUGGCGAUUGACAGGGAGGUUCUGA